CCGUUCGCGACUCAUUCCAUCCCAUUUCCCAACGAGGGGCACCAAGAAUUUUCCAAGCAUCAACAAGCAAAACAACAAUGGCGAACGAUUCGACACAUACGCAAUCGCAAGUAUACCUCUCAACAAGAGGCGGUGACUAUGGUCUCUCCUUCGAGACCGUUGUCCUGAAGGGAUUGGCUGCCGAUGGCGGUCUUUUCCUCCCCCAUGAGAUUCCCGCAGCGACAGAAUGGCAAAGCUGGAAAGACCUCUCGUACCAGGAAUUGGCCUUCCAGAUCUUCAGCCUCUACAUCUCCCGCAGCGAAAUCCCCGCCGAAGACCUACAAGGCAUCAUCAACCGAAGCUACUCUACGUUCCGCGCUCAAGAAGUCACACCCCUCGUCCAAUUGAAGGACAACCUGCACCUCCUCGAACUCUUCCACGGCCCUAGUUACUCUUUCAAGGACUGUGCGCUGCAGUUCCUCGGUAACCUUUUCGAGUACCUUCUUGCGCGAAAGAACGAGGGCAAGGAGGGCAAGGACCGACAUCAUUUGACUGUUGUUGGUGCGACGAGUGGUGAUACUGGAUCCGCUGCUAUUCAUGGUUUGAGGGGUAAGAAGGAUGUGUCUGUUACUAUUCUGCAUCCCAAGGGCCGUGUCAGCCCUAUCCAGGAGCUUCAGAUGACGACGUGCACUGAUGCCAACGUGCACAACCUUGCCGUCACUGGUACCUUUGAUGAUUGCCAAGACAUCGUCAAGGCCUUGUUUGGCGACCCCGAGACCAACGCCUCCCUCAAGCUCGGCGCCGUCAACUCCAUCAACUUCUCCCGCAUUCUCGCCCAGAUCGUCUACUACUUCUACUCCUACUUCUCCCUCGCCAAGAAGUCCUCCACCUUCAAGGUCGGCGACAAGGUCCGCUUCGUCGUCCCCACCGGAAACUUUGGCGACAUCCUCGCUGGCUACUUUGCCACUCGCAUGGGUCUUCCCGUCGACAAGCUUGUUAUCGCGACUAACGAGAACGAUAUCCUUGACCGAUUCUGGAAGACUGGAAAGUACGAGAAGCAGCCUGCCAAGGGCCCCGAGGCCCAGGGUGGUCUGGAGAUCGAUGGUGUUAAGGCCCAUGAGGAGGGCGUCAAGGAGACUCUUAGCCCUGCUAUGGACAUUCUGGUUUCGAGUAACUUUGAGCGUCUGCUUUGGUUCUUGGCUUACGAGUUUGCUGCUACUGUUGGUAUGGAUGUUGAGUUUAACCGAAAGCAAGCUGGUCAAGAAGUCGCCACUUGGCUCAAGGAUCUCAAGGUCAAGGGCGGUUUCGGCCCCGUCUAUGUCGAUGUUCUCAACAGCGCCCGCAAGACCUUUGAGAGCGAACGUGUCAGCGAUCCCGAGACCCUCGAGACCAUCAAGAACAUCUACGAGCAAGACGGCUACAUUCUCGAUCCUCACUCCUCCAUCGGCGUCACCGCCUCUCUCCGAUCUGCCCAACGCGCCGAGGCCAACCUUCCUCACAUUUCUCUGUGCACAGCUCACCCCGCCAAGUUCGCUGGUGCCGUUGAGCUUGCCCUCAAGGAUGAGAAGGACUUUAACUUCCAGGAGAAGGUUCUUCCCGAGGAGUUUGUCGGUCUUGAGAAGUUGCCUAAGCGUGUUUCUGAUGUUUCGAAUGAUUGGAAGGCUGUGAGGGAGCUUGUCAAGGAGCAAAUGAAAGGUGUUAGUUCUGAUGAUGAAGUGAAUGUUGCUGAUCCGGUCUCGGGAAGCACGUGGGUAAAUCUUGAGGUUUGGCUGGUAUCUUAUUUGACAAAAAUGAGACCUCAUUUGUUCACUCUGCCUUUGCUCUCGGGUCUGGUCAGCAUAUCAGCUGCAGCCAACACCGAAAGCGGCUAUCUAGCAACCGUGACCCUCGCCCCAACAGCCUCAGGAGCCGAAGCUUUUGACCUUGAGGAAAAGCGCGCAGAAUGUUUUCAAGCUUGUUACAAGACUUAUGGAAACUACAAUUCUUGUACUAGAGAAGGUGUUGCUCAGUGCUGGUGUAAUGAGUCCGAUGAUUGGGUUGAGAGAGAGGAGGAUUGUGUUUGGGACAUCUGUGGCCCAUCUGCUUAUAACCUCUAUGCGACUGUUUUGAGGAGGGUUUGUGAGACUGUUACGGCAUCUGCUAGUCAGACCAUUGAAACUGGAUCAACGUCAUCCGAUGAGAGGAUUACUUCAACUUUCGCAGAGACCACGAGCAAAAGCGCAGCCCAGACUACAAGCAAAGCUGAAGCUAGUCGAGCUCAAGCCACAGAGACUUCAACUUCUGGUAGUGAUUCCACAACAGCUAGCAGUGAGACAGCAGCAGCAACUACGAGUGCUGAGCCCAACCGGGCCUGUAAAAGGGGUUCGCCUCUGGGUGUUCCACUGGUCCUUACGAUUGGCGCAAUCUAUCUUGCUGGAAUGGCUUUUUAA